AUGGAAAAUGUGUCUCUGCUGGGAACAAGAGGCUUGAGCUUUUGUUCGUCUGGUGCACCGAUAUACCCCGGCAAACUCGUUGCUUCUACCUACUUUCUGGGUAUCCGCGUAUCAGGUUGGAGAGUCAUUGAAAUCGUGGUUGGGAGAGGUGUUUCGGCCAACGUGUGCUCUGAUAUUCAUUCAGGACAUACAUCUCAAAACACACCUACGAUCGGCCACGUUGGGAUCUGCCAACACAAUGUCAUUACUUCAAGUACCCAGCAGAGGGCUCGUCCCUCUCUCCUAAGCAGUUCCUAUCAAUAUAACACGACCAGGAUAUCUGUCAGAAACAGGAGAGUGAGAAUUAUGUGA